CUUCGACUCCUUCAAAAGAAAGUCGGAUCAGCUUAGAGACCAUCAUUUCCAGGACUAACACAUGCCAUCAAGCCUGCAGUCCUUUCCAAACUGAAACUGGAACUUGACCUUGGCGUUGUGCCCGUCUAUUUGUUUUGUGCGUUACAGUUAAGUGUGUUUGUAUUUGAAAUACAUAAUUACCAUGUACACAAGAUUGAAUACCAAACACUAUUUGUAUGUUCCUCGAUGGAACGCUCCAAUGAAAAAAUAUGUAUUCUCAUACGCUGCAUCUGAAUUUGUAAAUUUUCGUUGGAUUGAAUUCAUGUCUUUGGCUGAAAUGGAACAACUUAGUUAUUCUGUUAGUGAAUCCAAAGAUGAUUGGUUGAGACCAUUUGUUGUAAUCGAAAUGGAAAACGAUGAUUCAGUUUUGUCAAUUAUUAAACGCAGCGUUUUAAUCAAGUCUGCUUGUCGUUUAUGGUGUGACGCAACAACCUUAUCAGAAUUAAUUGAACAGGUUGCCAAUCUUCCUAUUGAGUUGGUAGAUCCUUAUUUAAAGGGUUGUGGCACUUUCAAAAUAGUCCUAAGUUCUGCACAUAAGAAGCUCAAACAAGAGGAGAAAAUACCUAUAAUGAAGGCUAUUCUUGAUGCCCAUAAGGGUAUCCGCGUUCCAGUUCCUACAUCAUCACCAAAUCCUCAGAUCAACAUUCUUCUAGAAUACACCCCUAAUAACCUUGGAAAGAAUACAGUUAGUUCUGAGGGUCAUUUGUGUCGACUGCUAUACGGAGUGUUGGUUGGAAACAGUUUAAGAAGAAAUAUAAUGAACGGCUCUUGUCCAUCUGAAAUAUCUCACUCACGCAAUAAAAAUAUAAAUGUGACAGUAGCAGCAAUAAUGGCUAAUGUGGGACUUUGUCAAAAAUCGUCUUUUGUUUGGGAUCCUUUUAUUCGUCCUGGAAGUACAGUAAUGGCAGCUUGUCUAGAUGAUUCUUCCAGUGGUGUUUCAGAUAUAGAUUGGGCUGUACGUACUGCAUUAGGACCCGACGAAUAUGACCAGUCGAUACCAAUGUGUCUCCUCGACAUUGGAGCUUAUCCAAAAGUUAGUCAGAAAAAACGGCGUGGUGGAAGAUUACGAUGGAAUUAUGAUCAGUACAAGCUGUCAUUACGUUAUUCAAAAUUCAUGUGGGUUAAUAUGGAAAAACUACGCAAAUUUGUGUGUUCUUUUAUGCAAAAUUUCUUCGAUGCAAUAAUAACUGAUCAACCAUAUGCAUUUCGUGUAUGUAGUUGUAAAGUUACUGAUCAACCAGUUGAACGUAAAUUUACUCUUGUCAUUAAACAUCGUUUAGCUGAAAUUAUGGGCAAUAUGCAUAUUGGUGAUGAAAAUGUCAAUGAGAAUAAAGAUAAAGUUGACGGGGUAUCUUUAGUUGCGGUACCACAUGACUUACCACACUUUCCACACAAAGUAAGUAAACCUUUUGUACAUAUAUGUCUUAUAACGUUUAAACCGGAAUUUCAUCUGUAUUUAAGUUUCACUGUCUGUACAGUUUGUUUUCUUUAAUAUUAAAAUAACUCAUAAUGUCAUUGUAUAAGAAAAAGAGAAUUCAGCGAAGAAAAUUUUUUCUUUUCGACGAAAUCAUUUACUUAAGCUGUACAUUCGUAUAAUAUAGUAAUAUGGAUAAUAUAUGUCUUCUAUAGGAGGCUAGAAAAGAUUGCAUUAUAAAUGGAUUCGACAAUAAAUAACAAAUGAGGUGACGUACUAAUCAAGGGGUAAGGAAGAAAAUAAUUUAUGGGUCAAUCAGAUAAUGGUUCAAUUGACAGAUAUACGAAGAAAAGCGACAAACACAAAGGUCAUAAUAAUAAUCUGAGUAAUAAUCAAGAAAACUUGUAUAAGGUUAUAACGAAUAGUUUGACAAUAAUUGAGCGCCAAGUAUAGAGAAGUCAUUAUAUGAGAAAAAAAGUUAUAAUUGAAAUAGUCAUAGCGAUUGAACUAUAAAUAAUUCCAACGUUUCGUCCAGCUAACUUGUGUGGACUUCUUCAGGGAAGCAAUCAAAAUCAAAAUCAUCGAAGGAAUAUACAUAGUGUUUUUUCCUUAACAAUCAUUUCAUCAAAAUCUCUACUACUUUUUAAUUCAAUCAUAUUUGGAAGUCGAAAAUUUUUCUUGUAAACAGGAUAAUAUGAGUGAGUUGAAUGAGAAUCAAGUGAAAAGUUCAACGAUGUUAAUUAAAAGUGGAUGGGUAGAUUGUGUGUGUGUGUAUGAUGAGUUAUUAAUGAGUGAUAUUCAGUGUUGAUAUGUUUCUAUGUGAAGUAAAAAUAAAAGUGCAAAAAUGAAGGUUGAAAAGUUGUUUCUCAAUCAUCGAAAUUGCAAAUAAAAUGAGAAUCAUCAAGUACAUAAUUGUACCCUAAUCUUUCCGAUUACUGCUUACACUCUUACUACUUCUACCACUAUGGGAUUUGAAUCGACAACUGCAUCUC